CCCGGGCGCGGUGCUGCUUUCUGUUGCAGGUGGGAAGCAGCAGUAGCUCACAAUGGCCCUGGCGGACAGCGCGGGCUGUGCCAAACCCAGCGAGGAUUUGCCUUUCCCUGAAAUCAUUGAGCUCAACGUAGGCGGACAAGUCUACAUCACCCGGCACCCCACCCUGAUCAGCGUGCCGGGCUCGCUGCUUUGGGAGAUGUUCACGCAGAAGAACGUCCGCUCCUUGGCUCGUGACAGCAAGGGCCGCUUCUUCGUGGAUCGGGAUGGCUUCCUCUUCCGCUACAUCCUGGAUUACAUGAGGGACCAGCAGCUGGUGCUGCCCGAGCACUUCCCGGAGCGCAGCCGGCUGCAGCGAGAGGCUGAGUACUUCAUGCUGCCGGAGUUGGUGAAGAUGCUGGCCCCCAAGCUCAGCAAGCAGAAUUCACUAGGGGACGACCCGUGCCAAAGUGACCCCGAGGAGCCGUCCCCCAGCGCUGACACCGCCCGCAGCCUGACC